AUGGCUGCUUCAUCUUCUCGCAAUUGGUUAUAUGAUGUCUUCCCGAGCUUUCGCGGAGAAGACGUCCGCGUAACUUUCCUGAGCCACUUUCUCAAGGAGCUUGAUCCGAAACUGAUCUCUGCUUUCAAAGACAGCGAGAUCGAGAGAAGCCGAUCGCUUGAUCGAGAGAAGCCGAGCUCAAGAAUGCAAUUAGGGAUUCGAGAAUCGCUGUGGUCAUAUCCUCCAGAAACUACGCCUCUUCGAGCUGGUGCCUUAACGAAUUACUGGAGAUCACCAAUUGCAAGGAAGAGUUUGGUCAAAUGGUGA